UCUCUCUCUCUCUCUCUCUCUCUCUCUCUCUACCCUAGACGUCUUCCGCGGAAAUGGCCAACCCACCCCACGGCGGCGUCCUCAAGGACUUGAUUGCGCGUGAUGCGCCCCGGCGCAAGGAGCUCUUCGACGAGGCGGAGAAGCUGCCGGCCAUUGUCCUCUCGGAGAGGCAGCUGUGCGACUUGGAACUCAUCCUGAACGGAGGUUUCUCGCCCUUGGAGGGCUUCAUGAACCAGAAGGACUACGAGGGCGUCGUGGCCAACAACCGUCUUGCGGAUGGAAACCUCUUUUCCAUGCCCAUCUGCCUCGAUGUCUCGCAGCAGACCAUCGACGAGGUCGGCGUAAAGCAGGGCGCCCGCAUUGCCCUCCGCGACUCGCGCGACGACCGCAACCUUGCCAUCCUCACAGUCGACGAUGUCUACCGCCCCGACAAGGAGAAGGAGGCCAGGGAGGUCUUUGACAAGGACGGCGACAUUGCCCACCCUGCCAUCAAGUACCUCUACGAGACGGUCCACGACUUUUACGUCGGCGGCAAGGUCGAGGCCAUCGACCGCCUCGAGCACUACGACUAUGUCGGUCUGCGCUACACGCCUGCCGAGCUGCGUCUGCACUUUGACAAGCUUGGCUGGUCCAAGGUCGUUGCGUUCCAGACGAGGAACCCCAUGCACCGCGCCCACCGUGAGCUCACUGUUCGCGCUGCCCGCGCCCGCCAGGCCAACGUCCUCAUCCACCCCGUUGUCGGCCUGACCAAGCCAGGUGACAUUGACCACUUCACCCGUGUCCGUGUCUACCAGGCGCUCAUGCCGCGCUACCCCAACGGCAUGGCGGUGCUCGCUCUCCUGCCCCUUGCUAUGCGCAUGGCUGGUCCCCGCGAGGCCAUCUGGCACGCCAUCAUCCGCAAGAACCACGGUGCUACCCACUUUAUUGUCGGCCGUGACCACGCCGGCCCAGGCAAGAACUCCAAGGGCGUCGACUUUUACGGCCCGUACGACGCCCAGGAUGCCGUCGAGAAGUACAGGGACGAGCUCGGCAUCGAGGUUGUUCCCUUCCUCCAGAUGACCUACCUCCCCGACUCGGACGAGUACAAGCCCAAGAACGAGGUCGACGCCGGUAUCAAGACGCUUGACAUUUCCGGAACUGAGCUGCGCAAGCGUCUCCGAACUGGACAGGAGAUCCCCGAAUGGUUCUCGUACCCCGAGGUUGUCCGCGUCCUUCGCGAGUCUCACCCUCCCCGUAGCCAGCAGGGUUUCACUGUCUUCUUGACGGGUUACCAGAACUCUGGAAAGGACGCCAUUGCCCGCGCCUUGAACGUUACUCUCAACCAACAGGGUGGUCGCUCCGUCUCCCUCCUCCUUGGUGAGACCAUCCGCAGUGAGCUCUCCAGCGAGCUUGGCUUCAGCCGCUCCGACCGUGACAAGAACAUUGCCCGCAUUGCCUUUGUCGCAUCCGAGCUCACCAAGGCCGGUGCCGCCGCCAUUGUCGCCCCCAUUGCGCCUUUUGAGGCCUCAAGAGAGGCAGCUCGCCAGAUAGUCGAGAAGUACGGAUCCUUCUACCUCGUCCACGUCGCCACGCCUCUCGAGCAUGCCGAGAAGAACGACAAGCGCGGUAUCUACGCCAAGGCACGCGCUGGUGAAAUUAAGGGCUUCACUGGUGUCGAUGACCCGUACGAGGUCCCCACCAAGCCUGACUUGACUGUCGACCUAUCCGUCAGCAACGUCAGGACAGCAGUCCACCAGAUUGUUCUUUUGCUUGAAAGCCAGGGUCUCUUGACUCAGUUGUAAAACGCAUGGCUACUUCCCUUUUUGUUUCUUAUCCCGUAUUGGAGCUUGGAAUAACCAUUUCCAUGACGAGCGAAUGAUUGUGUUUCUUUUUUCUUUUCUUUUUUUUUGCCCGCCAUUUAUCACGUGGUUGGAUUAAAUGGAAGGACUUGGGGCUUUCUUUCUUUCUUUCUUUCUUUUUUUUAUGAUCGAACAAAAGAAAAAGAGAGGGAAUAUGGUAUAGAGGUGCGCUUUCCUCUGGGGUUACUGGAGGGGUUUAGAUGAGAGUAAAAAAAAAGACUUGGGAUUAAC